AUUUUAUUCUGUAUUAGAGAAAAAAACAUCACCGGACUUUUAACCUCCACAAAUAAUUGAAUAAUUAAAAUAGUAAAUACCGAUGUAAAUUAUAUUUUUAAAAAUGGUCAGUCAAUCGGUACCAAUUAAUUCUUCAUAUUUAAGUAUUUAUAAACAAUGGAUAUCAACAAAACCACAAGUAAUUGGUGACAUUGAAAGUACAAUAAGAUGUCUGUCAUAUUUUACAGCAGGACGUUUUUCAAACUCUUCGCUUGCUAGUGAAUUUAUUUAUUCAAUGCCAAAUUUAUUGAUAUUAUUGAAUGAUCGUUUGAUAUACAGUAUUAAGUACAAACAUUUAAAAUUGCCGGAAUUUCAAUCUCAAAUAAGAAUAUGGUUGACAAUUAUCGAGUAUACUGAGGCAUUAUUUGAAGUCACUGCUAAAAAGUUGUGGGGAAAUUAUGGAAAAUGGAUUAUUAUAUUUAUCAUACAAUCUGUUAAAGCAAUAUUAAGACUUCUUCUCGUUCACAAAAAUAAAGAGCGUAUAGUCCAAAACCCAGCAAUCCCACCUUUGAAUCGCGAGAAGCUAAAUAAGAUUAUACGCAACGAGCAUAUACCUAAAGAAGGCUACCAAUUGAAGCGUACUGGAGCUGUAGUACGAAGCGUCCAUUAUCCAGGACCUCUAGAAACCGGUCAGUGGUCAAAAUUGACGCCUUUGUAUGGUGAUGAGUAUAAUGUAGACUCUCCCGACCCGAGUUCACUUAAAAAUCUAAUGAUAUCUGAGACACUCUAUAUCAUGAAACCCCUGAUUCAUUUGACGACACUGAUGGUCAAAGGGAAUAAAAACUGGCUACCUUGGGCUACUGCGCUCACUUUAGAUGCAUUCAGUCUCUACAUUAUUUCCAAGGAAUCAAAGAACGUUAAGUAUAACAAUGACGAGAAGCAAGAGAUUAUUAAGCGUAAAAUAAAUCUAUUGCUGUACAUACUGAGGUCGCCAUUUUAUGACAACUGUAGUAAAGAUAAGAUCAAUUCAUUGUUGAGUUCGAUGAGCAAUACUGUGCCAUUUGCUAGAUUUAUUACUGAUCCCGUUGCCAAGUACUUGCCGCACUGGCAAAAAACUUAUUUCUAUAUGUGGUCAUCUUGAAUUGUGAUCAUUUUAGAUGAUAUUUCUUCCACGAAUUUAUCGGUUGUUAUGAAUUAUUAAUUAUUACUCAACAGAAGGUUUAAAAGUUUUCUAUUUCGUGGGAAAGUAAGUUAUUAUUUUAAAUAUAUCCAUUCCGAUAGGUCUUUAUAUUGUUAAUUAUUGUCGGUAAUUUUAAGAGACUAGUUGUAUUAUGUAAUGUAUUUUUUGUAAUUAAAUAAAUUUAAUUAAUAAUG